GAGAGAUAGAGCGAGAGACAGAUAACAGCCACAGUGAUACAUGAGAGCGUGGCACAACUUGUCUCUCUUGGCUGCACCGUGGGCUGGGGGGAAAGCAGAGAGCAAGUGCACCAGAGUUUGAGGCAAAGCUGCUGCCUGCACGCACACAAACACACUUGCACACUCUCACACAAAGCAGACCCCUGAGCUUGGUUGCAGCACAAGUUCAGAGCCAAGACUGACCUUUUUUGGAAGGUGCAGAAGUUUCCUCCGAGGACCUCCUCCCUUGUUAUGGAUCUGCAAGAACUGAGCCACCUUGUCCUGUAGAGGAGCUGGUUUCACUUCAAAAAGUACUCAAAGCCUCAAAGGAGGAUGGAGAUGCUGUCAGCAAAGGACAAGGAGCUGAUACUAAGCAGCUGGGAGAGCCUGGGCAAGAACAAAGUUCCACAUGGCAUCAUCAUGUUUUCCAGGCUGUUCGAGCUGGACCCAGCACUCCUCACUCUUUUCCACUACAACACAAAUUGUGGCACGACACAAGACUGCCUCUCCAGCCCAGAGUUCCUAGAGCAUGUCACCAAGGUGAUGCUUGUGAUCGAUGCAGCCGUUAGUCACCUGGACGAUCUUCACUCCCUGGAGGACUUUCUUCUCAACUUGGGGAGGAAGCAUCAGGCCGUGGGGGUCAACCCGCAGUCAUUCGCUGUGGUGGGGGAGUCUCUCCUCUACAUGCUGCAGUGCAAUUUGGGCCAAGCCUACACAGCGUCCCUGCGUCAAGCCUGGCUCAACAUGUACGGCAUCGUGGUGGCCGCCAUGAGCCGGGGGUGGGCUAAAAAUGGUGAGGACAAGGCAGACUGAAGCGUCAUCGCCAGAGCCGCUGAGCUGUUGCUGUCAUCUCACUCAUCAUGGUUGCCAUGGAACAAGGUUCUGUAACUUGCAGCAUUGUGGCUUUUUCCGCUGCUGUACAUUUGCUGUACGUUAGAGGGUUACAAAACAAAGGCGAAUGUACGGUGUGGUCACCAAUGGCAGAGUUUUCUUUUCUUGGCUGUGGAUCUUUAGCUAGCAGGGUCAAAACUCGCCUAUUUUGUACCUUAGCAAAACAAAGACGAAGCAUCAAAGUCAACCUGUACAUAAUGCCUUUGCGCUAUAUCUUCAGACUAUAUGGAUAUUUGUGAUGUAUUUUAAAGGAAACGCACAAACACUGAAUAUAGAAUUUAGGUGAGACGGGUGAGUGUGGCCCAAACGGGCAGCUCUGAGUCAAACUGUGACCAAAACAAGUUUUCGAGACAAAGCAAUGUGUUUCUUUGUGAGGAAGAUUUAAUUGAUUUACUCAUUAGUGUUUUGUGUAUGUUAAUCUUUAAUAUGUUUUAUGAAAAUCUGGGAGCAUUUUUCCAAUAGAUCCACACUAAUAAUAACUACUGACAAGAACUGUUAUACACCGAUAGCUUUCUGCAGUAAUCUCGGACUGUUAUGGCGCCAAUGGUGAACCUUACUUCAAGCCGUGUGUGACGCUCCCCUCAGUGAAGGCCGUGAGUAUCUCAGUCGUCUUCAUCUGACUGUUAUAAAAAUCAGACUGUUAUAUGUAUGUAAAUUGCAUAUUGGAGGACUUACAUGUACUUUUACACUCAUGUUUGGUGUUACACUGUAGUUGUUUAUCUCAGUAUUGCUUUCGCUGUGACAAAUGUAAGAUUAGAGAACUGACCAAUGCGCUUAUACAUGAACAGGAGGUUUGUUUUUUAAUUAGACAUGGAGACCUCCUAUUUUAUGACCUCUUUGUGUGUAUUAUUAUGAUAAUCAUUAUGUUUCUUUCCAAUGCCACGUAUUUUAACAACAGUGUGCCAAGUUUUUGAUUAUUACCAUACAACUGUAAAUCCAAGUUGCUGAUAUGUGGUUAUUAACGCUUUAUCCUGAGUUUACAUUUAAAAAGUUUAUUUUUGUAU